UCCAAGAUGCAUCCAUUAUGUCCAAGUCCAAUUUUCAAAGCGGAAUUUCACAAACGUGUCAUUCAUGAUGAAAAUGACCGUUGGAAAGUAGAUCAUGGUAGACUCCAACAAGAAGAAGCCAAUUUCUUUUUUUCUAGAAACAUCCCAAUUCUACAAAUACUUGAGUUUAUAAUAAAACCCAAAAACAAAAAUUAGAAAGAAAAAAAAGAUGGAAUUAGAGAUGAAGGUAAUGUGGUGCAAAGGCUUAAGUGCAUUCAAUUUCUUCCAAAAACUAACAGUUUAUGCAGCUGUAUCCAUAAGCACAAAAAAGGACAGCCUAGAACUGACACAAGACCAAAAACAGGAGCAGAAAACUCCUGUUGAUGAUGAUGGAGAUGGCAAUCCUGAAUGGAAUCAUCCCAUCAAGUUUGAUUUACGACCGCUGCAUCGAAUCAACCCUGGUUUUGAAGACUUGUGUCUUCUGUUCGAGUUGCGGAAUCAUGGGCAGUUGUUUGGUUAUAGGACCAUUGGGGAUGUUCGUGUUCCUUUAACAGAAUUGAUUCAGUCUGUUGGAAUUGAGAUUCCCAGAUUUGUUAGUUAUGAGGUGCGUAGUCCUCAAGGUCAUCAUAAUCAUCAUCAUCCACAGUUGGAUGGUAAUACUACAAAUUCAGAUACUCAUGUCAUAGGUUACCAUCAUCAGCAGUUGGAUGGUAAUACAAUGCAGAAUAUGAAUUCAGAAACUCAUUAUUUUCAUCAUAAAUUGGAUGAAUCUGCUUCAAUAUCAGAUUCAGGAAGAAUUCAGUACCCAAAUUUGGAGGAACAUGCAAGCCCGCCUGUCGUACUAUCAGCAACCACCCCUACCCAUUAUCAUCCUCCACCGCCGCCGCCACCAUAUGAAGACCCGCAUUGGGGAUAUCUUAGGCCACCUGGCUAUGACCAUUGGUAGACAUAAGGGGCAAGGAUUAGUGACUUGCUGUAUAAAUUAGAAGCGUCACUUUUUUAGAUCAAAUAUUUGUCUUUUUGGGUAGUUCAUUUUUUAUUUUUUAUAUUUUGAAACUGGGAUUAUUUAUUUUAUUUUUUAAUUUGCUGCUACAUUAUUAAAGAUUUCGAGAAGAUUACGGCACCUAAUUUGGAUCUGUGGUACCAAGUUAGUGAGCUUUAAAACAUGAACAUAACGACACUCGUUCCAAACAUGAGCUUUAAGGCAUUAGUUUGGACCUAUGUUGAUAUACUAUUUUAAUCAAUAUUGAAGUAAUUGUGAUUUGUACUCCGUAUAUCGUCUUUGUAAACAAGGGUUUUUCUACAAAAAUAACGUAGUGCAUUAGUCUUGCACGUAUCAUCUUU